AUGACAUCACAGGCUAGGGGAGGUGGAGGAGGCGUGGGUGGCAGUGGCGGUGCUGGCACGGCGCAACGCGGGCAGAUGCAGAGCCUGGCAAGACAAGGGUCUCUGUAUAACCUCACCCUUGACGAGGUGCAGAGCCAUUUAGGAGAACCCCUACACAGCAUGAACCUUGAGGAGCUGCUGAAGAGUGUCUUUCCUGAUGGCCUGGACCCUGAUGGUGGCACUACCAGCCAGUAUGAGCAGAGUUCGGGCCUCUUGCGACAGGGGAGCAUCACGAUGCCGCCUGAGCUCAGCAAGAGGACUGUGGACGAGGUGUGGAAGGGCAUCCAGGAUGCUCCAAAGAGAAAUGUUGGGGAGGGUGGUCGGCGGAGGCGGGAGCGGGAGCGGCAGCCGACGCUUGGGGAGAUGACGCUUGAGGAUUUUUUGGUGAAAGCUGGGGUUGUUGCCGAAGGAUGUCUGAAGGACUUGAAUGACGUAGGCAAUGUGGAGCAGGUCGGGAGCGCUGGGGCUGCGGGUUUUACCGCUGGGGCACAAUGGUUAGACCACUAUCAGCAGCGGAUUACAGCUAUCGAGCCCCAUCAGCACGGGCAACAUAGUUUGCCAGGUGCUUACAUGCCGGGUCGGUUAGCCCUUCAGCCUCUGAAUGUUGGGCCAGGUGUUAUUCUGGAGUCAUACUCUGAUGGCCACAUUACUUCACCAAUGAUGGGUGCACUUUCUGAUUCUCCGACGCCUGGUAGAAAGCGUGGCUCCCCAGGAGAUGUGGCAGAUAAGUUGAUGGAGAGAAGGCAGAAGAGGAUGAUCAAGAAUAGGGAAUCAGCCGCUCGUUCAAGGGCUAGGAAGCAGGCCUACACUAAUGAACUGGAAAACAAGGUAUCUCGAUUAGAAGAGGAGAAUGAGAAGCUAAAGAAGCAAAAGGUAAUUUAUGUCUAUGACUACGAUUUUAUCCCCUUCACACAUACAUGUCUCAUACGCCUCCAUUCACAUGGUUUCUUCUCUGCCUUUUGUAGUUUUGACAAAAUUAUUCGGAAGGAGAUCCCAUCUCAGGUGGUUUAUGAGGAUGAGAAGGUCCUUGCAUUUAGAGACAUAUCACCACAAGCUCCUACACAUAUUAUAAUCAUUGUGAAGGUUAAGGAUGGAUUGUCUAGGCUGUCAAAGGCAGAAGAAAGGCAUGUCGAGGUUCUGGGCAGUCUUCUGUAUGCUGCCAAGGUUGUAGCAAAGCAGGAAGGGCUUGAUGAUGGCUUCAGAAUUGUCAUCAACGAUGGUCCCAAAGGAUGUGAGUAUCGUUCACUGAUUCUAACAGGACCCAUCUUGUUGGUGCCCUGGUGGGGAAUGGGGUUUCGACUGAUUUUUCUGUCUUCUGUUAUUACGUAG